AUGGAAGACCUGGUGACGGGCUUGGCCCUUCACUGGCAGCUACAAUGCACUAUCGAAGAGGGCUGCACGACCCACACCAAAUACGUGUCUGACCAUGCGACAGGAGUUCGGCGGAUACCCAUCCAGGAGAGGUGGGAGCGUGAUGAGCAAAGGCUGGGACAGGGCACCUUCGGUGUUGUUUGGCGAGAGGUCUGCACAUCGGGCCCGAGCAGGGGCAAUUCGCGUGCCGUGAAGCAGAUUUUCAAGAACUUUGGCUCGCGGUCGAUCUCCUCCAGGGCUCUAUCAGCCGAGCUCUCUGCCAUAAUGAGGUUCUCCAAUGAGCCGUAUCGCGAUUACUUCGUCAGGUCAUACGGUUGGUAUGACACGAAAGAGUUUCUAUACAUUACUAUGGAGUACCUCCCACUUGGGGAUUUGUCGCGGUAUUUGAAAGACCCCCUACCAGAAGCACAGGCAGCCAGCAUAAGUCUUCAGGUCCUGGAGGGACUCAAAUUCAUGCACCAGAACAACUUUGCUCAUCGUGAUCUCAAGCCAAAUAAUCUUCUUGUGCAGCACGCCGGUCCGUCCUGGUGGGUCAAGAUAUCUGAUUUUGGCACGAGUAAAGAAAUAGGCAUGGCCACUCUGUGCUCCAACGUUGGAACAGUUGCGUACCAAGCACCGGAAGUCCGUGGGAUUGUGAAAUUGGAUGAUGCAGCGGGAAGCAACCCACUGCUAUCUCCGUCUAUCGACAUUUGGGCUGUUGGUGCGAUUGCUUUCCGUCUCACGUCUGGGCGGGUGCCUUUCGAGGACCUCUUGAGCCUAUGCAGAUACGUAGGCCAGGGCGACCCAUUACUAUUCGGAGAUGGCAUCGGCGAGAAGUCCAACUCGUUCGUCGCAAGGCUUAUGGCCCCUAUGCCACAUGAUCGGCCCUCUGCCUCAGAAGCCCUCGCUGAUCCAUGGCUGAACGUCACAGCAUCGGAUUUGGAUGUAACACGCAUAGUUAAUCCAAUGACAGCACUGGUCAGAGAGCCAAAUUCAGCCCCGGGCCUAACAGAGGAUGCCUCAGCAGAGUGGCCACCUAUUGAACCGGGUACUGGACCGCAUCUUUAUUUAGCGAAUUGCCCCAUGGAUGUCUCCCACGAUGCCGACUUUGCCCAGCCCAUUCAACAAGAUGGGCCUACUUCACCAAGCUCAGAUAGCCAAAGAGUGUCCGGUGCAGAGACAGGCGACAACGGUCCGCGCCAAACGGAUGACAGGAACAGUGAUGCUUCGGAACAUGAGAUACUGCCCCGCCAUACAUCCAAGCCUUUAGCUUUGCCCAAAAGGCGCCAAAGUCCCCCCAGGGCCGAAUAUCCUGAGAGCGGCAGGCGCAAUAGCUGGGAAUUUGAGCUUCCGAGUGGCACAGGAGUAAAGAGGUUGUCGUUCGAAAGGCGGUGCUGCAGGAUGGAAGCACUUGAGUAUUCUGACGAUGGAAGAACAAUCUUCCUAAUCACAAAUCACUCCAUCCAUACCUAUCAUUCGGUAGGAGAAGGGCAGUGGGAUCAGGGCACAAUCAUUGACAUACGAAGAAGGGGCCGAAAUUGGAAAAUAUGGGAAGGGAUCAAGCCUAUUGACAUCCCCAACAAAGGCAUUCACAGUUUCGUGAUAGCUGGUCGCAACCCCGUACUUUUUGUCCGCGAUAUUGAAGGAACGAACUUUGUGAAUACUUACACCAGCGAUGAUCAAGGUGUCUCUUAUCGGCCUUCCACGUUCACGAUCCCCUUAGAGGAAAGAAUCACGGCCUCGGCGAUUUCUGGAAAUGGAAAACUACUCAUAAUUUGCUAUUCCCAUGAGUUUCAGCUUUGGAAUUUGGCCUCUAAGUCUCUGCAGCAGAAAGUCCGGGGUGAAGAUGGAACUUUGGCCUUCGUCUUUUCCACUGAUGGCUCGCGAUUUGCCCAGAUAAAAUGGAGGGCCGUCGUCGGUCAUUCCUCAUAUAUAUGGGAGUUCGAUGAGAUUACGGAUAAGUUCCUAUAA